UCACUUCAUACUCACUCAUAGCUCCACGCGUUGUGUAUAUUUACGGUAUUACUUUCCCCCUCGAUCGACGCCGCGCGCUCACUUUCUCUGCUCGUUGCGCGACCUACAAAGUCUCGUAGCUGUGACCACCUUCGACUAGUCCUUUGGUGCACUUUGCUUGCAGCACACGCGCGCGUCCUCGACGAAUACACGAUGCAGGCCUUCAGAUCAGCGAUGCGUUUCUCAGUUUUGGCAGUGGUGCUAGUUUUGGCGCUCGCGGAUACUGACGAAUCUGAGGCAGCCCCCAUAGAUAAGCCAGUGCCACCACCAUCCUCCUUGUCGGACCAAACACUGGAGAACGCGCUAAAAGACUCAAGAUAUAUGAAGCGCCAAAUCAAGUGUGUCCUCGGCGAGGUGCCCUGCGACCCCGUCGGACGAAAGCUCAAAGCACUAGCACCUCUGGUGAUCAAGAACAUUUGCUUCCAAUGCACACCGGUAGAGAAGAGGCAAAUCCAGAAAGUUGUUUCCCACAUUCAGCGCAAUCACCCAGCGGAAUGGUCCAAAAUCGUGCGUCAGUUCGGAUCUACGUAAUUUUCGUAUUCUGCAUUUUCACAAUCCAAUUGAACAAAGAAAUCGCUGCCGACUAGACAAAUUUUCCCAUUGUGCGUUCUCUAAAAAUGAAAGCCUCACUGCAUUUAAGUAUACUCUCUAUUUAUAGCGCUCUCUUGUGAGAAGACUAAUAAACGAGAAGGGAAAAAAUUCUAUAUUUUUAAAAGUAAAAUUGUUAUUUCUUAGUUUCAAGACAUUUUAUUGGAACAUCUAUAAAGAUGAAAUAGCGGUAUCCACCUAACAAAUUCUAAAUUAAUGUCUAGAAAACAAUUAUUGGUCCUUGAAUUACAAUAGCAUUCUGCCACUCUUCCUUUGUAGUGACAAUAAACGUUGUAAAUCGA